CUCCAGGGUAGCCGGCAGGUCCAGGGCCCGGCUUGGUGGCUGGGAUCCCGGCCACCCAUCGCCAUGAAGCUAACGCGCCAGAUGGUUCUGUCCCGGGCCAAGGCCUCGGAGCUGCAUAGCGUGAAAAAGCUCAACUGCUGCAGGGAGAAACAACAACUGGACUUCAGGCUUCCUAAAGCGUUUCCUAAAUUGCUUGAUUAGCCUUUGAACUUGGCCUCUUACGAAGACGCCCUUGUUUGUUUACAUCGCGAGAGAAAUGGUCCUCUGCCACAGCCUUGAGAGGGAGUCGAACUUGCGUCCUGCCAAUGGGACAGCCUCCACGGCUCCUCCCGCGGAGAAGCUGCCCUCAGGCUCCGGGUCUGUGCCCUGUGGUUUUGUUGACAAUCCACCAUGAGACGAGUUUUGACACCUUUGUCAGUUGGCUGGGCAAGCUUUUACUCUGUCAUUGAAAUCAUGGGAUCUUAACCCUUGGGCAGCCGCCUCACAGAUAUCUCCAUUUGCCGGGAGAUGCCCAGCCUGGAAGUGAUCACGCUCAGCGUCAACAGCGUGUCGACCCUGGAGCCCGUGAGCCGGUGCCAGCAGCUGAGCGAGCUUUACCUGCGGAGGAACCACAUUGCCAGCCUGAGCGAGCUCUCCCACCUGAAGGGCCUGCCGCGCCUGCGGGUGCUGUGGCUGGCCGAGAACCCGUGCUGCGGCGCCGACCCCCACCUCUACCGCAUGACCGUGCUGCGCAACCUGCCCAACCUGCAGAAGCUGGACAACCAGGCUGUGACUGAGGAGGAGCUGUCCCGGGCAUUGAUGGAGGGAGAGGAGGUCACGGCCCCCAGCAGAGAGGACACGGGGAAUGGCAGGCCCGAGCUGUCCUACGCCCUGAGUGCCAUGAACGCCACUGCCGAGACCCAAGGGGAUGCGCUGAGCUACAGCGAGGAGGAGGCGAGCAUACGGGGACCGCUCGGCCUGAAGCCCCCUGCCCAGGACCGGUUUCCUUCCUUCCCACAGAGGGAGGCUGUGAGCAGCCACAAGAACAGGAACAACGUCCUGACUGCCAUCCUCCUGCUGCUUCGGGACUUGGACACGGAGGGGCUGGAGGCCGUGCACCAGACCGUGGUCAGCAGGCUGCAGGCUCUGCACAGACAGGAGCUGCAGGAGGACAUGGAGUGACCCAGCGGGGACCCCGCACUGCGGGACCUUCUGCUGAAGUCCCAGUCUUCCCGAGCACCCGGAGGUGAGGCUGAUGGCCACCGCCGCGGUCCCUGCCGGAUCCUAGGCCGGGUCCCAGCACCAGCGGCUCGUCCUCAGGAAGCCCAGCCCGCCCUGGAAGGCCGCGCUUUCACUUGGGCAGCAUCUGGAGAGGGCCGGAGGGGCAUCAGGGCAGGCUGGGCAGACCCCGCGCCGUCGCCCUCCUGCGCGGGCCGCCCUUCUCCCUAAUAAACCUUUCCCGAAGCCCGGCCUGGAAGCAGGUCUCCUGUGACAGGCCCAGCCUUGGCUUUCUUUGUGAAAGUGAGAGUGGUUUCCCGCAGACCGUCUCUGACUCUGUCGUGGGGAGCAUUUCUGGGCUCAGGAGCCUUCCAGAAUCAUGGCCUCCCUGCAGACAGACGCCCUCCUCAGGGUCACAUCAGCAGAGGGUUUGUGGGGACCCUGUGGACAGGCCUUGGAGGAACAGGCCUGUGCGUCUGCCUGGGGAUCCAGGCGGGGCCACAGCAGGAGCGAGUAGGACGGCCUCUGGGAACUGCAGAUAUCUAACGCGUGUUCUUCUCUGGGGACAGGCCCUUCCCUGAUGCUAAGUGUCCAGGGGGGCGGGAUGAUGCAGCCCGGGGGGCCUUCCUGGUGCCUCCAAAAGCUGAGGCCACUCAGUGGAAGGGGAGCAGUAUGACCUCCUCCCACACCCCCGCCCCCGCCAUUAGAGACAAGCCCGUUGAAACUAGUGGGCUGGAGAGGGAGACAGGCCCUUCCUUUGCCCUUCCCCACUUUGAGGAGGGACUGUCAGCAUCCCUGAGAGCUGAGCCGCCAGCUUGUGUGAGAGCCACAAACCAGAAGCAGGAACCACGUGACAGCCAGCAAGGGCGGGACGGCGUCUGGAAGACGGCUCUCCUUGCCGAGGCUGCACCUGGGCCAGCUCCUUUCAAGCCGCUGGAGACCUCCAGACUAGGACUGGGGAGAGCAAGCAGAGGCGGUGCCUCCUCUGUGCUCUCCUGUAGUUUGUCGGGACCAGGGGUGAGCUCUGAGCAGUGGGAGGCGAGGGGACCCUGCGUGGGGUGUCUGGGAAGGUGGCUGCAGGCCCGUGCGUGUGCCUUCUGGUCAUUAAGGGAUGUUGCUCAAUAAACCUGUGCCUUGGCUAGAA